AGCUCUAGGGCUUCAAUUGGAUAUGGCGGCAAUCUGAUUUGCAUCGAUCGAGCAGCGAACACAUUGAGAUCGCGGUUCAUCUUUUGGGUAGGGCAUGGAUGCGGGAAUCACGCGGUAGAGAAGAACAGGGCCCAAGAAGUAACACACCAAUGCGCAGUUAAAAGAGAGCAAAUUGUAGGGUUUUUGUGAGCGCCGGCUCAAUGGCAGCGAUGAUGGCGGUGCCUCCCGAGGCCCGCGAGCGCGCCGUGGCGCUCCUCCACGACGCCCAAUUGCAUCCCGACGCCGCGGCCAAGCUCGAUUCUCUCCGGGAGCUCAGGGAGCUGGCGCUUCACAGGGAGCCGCGGCUUCUCCCGGAGCUCCUGCCCGUGCUGCUGGAGCUGCGCAACGAUCGCGCCAGCGCCAUCCGCAACUUUCUUGUCGAGAUCAUCGAGGAGGUCGGGCUCAGGCAAGUGGAGUAUGUUCCGGUGAUGAUGCCAGUGCUCUUGACAUUGCUCCGGGGCGAGCCGGCCUUUGCUCGGCGUGCUAUCACUGCUGGUACCAAUUUGUUUCGCCACACCUUGGAGUAUGUCUUGUUGAAGGGGAUUUAUACGAGGCAAGUGGAUAAGUUCAUGCAAGAUUCUUGGAUUUCAGUUCUUCAGUUCAAGGAGUUUGUGUAUCCCUUUGCUCAGCAGCAUGGCAACGACGGGGUACGUUUGCACGCUGUGAAGUUUAUCGAGACUGUGAUUUUGCUCUUCACUCCAGACCCUAGUGGUCCUUCGCAGCCACCGCUACCGGAUCGACUCGAUGGAACGUCAAAAGGGAUAAACGUGUCCUGGAUAGUGUCUGGCCAUCCACUCUUAGAUGCCACAGCCAUGGGUCAAGAGGCGAGCAAAUCGUUGGGAUUGUUGCUGAACCAGCUGCGGCAACCUGACGUUUCGGCUCUUCCGGGUCCCGUCGCCAUUGUCAUCGUGAAUAGCUUGGCAGCCAUUGCGAAACGAAGACCGUCGUUUUACGGGCGCAUCCUUCCUGUGUUACUUUCACUGGGACCAAGUUGUGAAGCGAUCAAAGGUGGUCAAGUGGCCAGCGUGGUUACUGCCUUGAAGAAUGCCUUUGUCCAGCUUCUAAAAUGCACGUAUCCUGCGGCAGCACCGUGGCGCGAUCGUCUCACUUCGGCACUGCGCCAGAUGAAUGCCGGAGACGUUGCAGACUUGGCAGUCGAGAGAAGCAGCAGGGGUGGCGAAAGAGAGUCGAGAGAGUCGAGUUCCCGCUCCAACCGAGUAAAAGAAGAGAGACAGGAUCCACGAAACAAGAGACCCCCACCGCAAGAAAAUGGCAAUGACGAAGAAAGCUAUGGAAAACGCUUGCGGACUACUCCGCCGCCCCCGGUUCAGCAGCAUUUUCACCCGGAUGCAUCCGGAUACGCGAAUGGAGCGGGUCUACCUCCCAUACAGCAGAUGAUACAGAUGUUUGAGGCACUUGCGGCCAAAGGAGAAAUCGCUUCGAUCGACUUGCUCAUGUCGAGGCUCCCUCCUGAUACUCUGGCUGAUGUCGUGAUUGUCAACAUGCAAAAUCUUCCACCGUCUGUUCCUGCGGACUUCAUGGACAAGCCGCAGCUAUUGCCGCCGCCUCCGCCGCCCCCACCUAUCGAGCCCGUGGCUAUGGAUGGCAGACGAGAUCCACGAAGGGAUCCCCGCCGUAUGGAUCCCCGUAUGGAUCCCCGUCGCUUACCAUCGCCAGGUCCUCCAAUGGUGAUGCCAAAGCAGGAGGACUUACAGCAGCCAGGAGUGCCUCCUGUUUUCAGAACUGUGAAGGCAGAGCCCGUGUCUCCGCCUGUGAUGAACAGCAGGGAUCCAAGAGCUUCCUUGAAAGCUACGUCCGUGAAAAUGGAACCGACGUUUACGCACGUAAAGUCAGAACCGGACGAGGAUAUGGGGAUUCGGACCAUCUCAACGAUGUAUGGUGCACUGUAUCCUUCUAGUGAUGCCCUUGACGAUAGACAAGAAGCAGGAACUUCCGGGGCUGGUUUGUCCAGCUUCCUUCCUGUGGUGACGUUAAGUAAUGAGCAACGGGCGACUCUUGGAAACUCUGCGUUGACACGCAUAUUAGAAGGAAGCAAAUCAGUCUCGGCCGCUGGUGGUGGUGGUUUGAGGAUCGCGUUAUUAGCGCGUCUGACUGCGCAGUCGGCUGAGGCUUUGAAUACUUUACAAAAGCACAUACUUGCGGACUAUGCGAAUCAUAUGGGUCAUGAACUUGCGCUACACGUUUUCUAUGAACUGUACCUGAUGCACAUAGCUGGUGGAGAUAGUAUAGAGAAAUACGAAAACUUUUUUGUAUCUUUGGUAAGCUUAUAUUCAUGCAAGAAAUUUGACAACGUUGUCUUCAAACAGAGCCAGGGGUUGAAAGAUUCGCUACCUCCGUCAGACAAGUCUUUGAGCAAGCUGUUGUGCGAGAUCCCGUUGUUUCCGGAGGGAGCAUUUGCGCUCUUAGAAAGUCUUUGUAAUCCGAUCAAUGAGCCCAAUGGUGAUCGCGUUACACAGGGCUUAAGCGCUUUGUGGAGUCUCAUCUUGCAACGUCCGGCAGUUCGGGAGAGGUGUUUAAAUAUGGCUUUAGAGUGCGCUGUGCACGAGGUCGAUGACGCUCGAACAAAGGCCAUUCGUUUGGUUGCAAAUAAACUGUACCCUGUGACCUUCAUUUCACAAAAAAUUGAAGAGUUUGCCACUAAAAUGCUAUUAUCUGUUGUAAAUGUCGGAGGACAUAAUGUAGACAGUGAAGCUCAGGAACGGAGCACGCUACAGGAAGUUGCUCCCGGCGAUCAAGAAGCGAAUGCAGCCGACGGCGGGGGAACCAAAGCAGAAGCCCAACGUUGUAUGUCACUUUAUUUUGCUCUUUGUACCAAGAAACAUGCUCUUUUGGGCGAGCUAUUCAAUGUAUACGAUCGAGCACCAAAGCCAGUAAAGCAAGCAAUUCAUCGGCAAAUACCUGUUCUAGUCCGGACGGUCGGACAAUCUUCCCCAGAAUUACUAAGUAUCAUCUCCGCUCCUCCACAGGGCUGCGAAAACUUGUUACUACAGGUCCUACAUGUUCUGACUGAAGGAACCACGCCAUCGCCGGAACUUAUCAAAACGAUAAAACAGCUCCACGAGACCAGGAUAAAGGACGCGGUAUUUCUGAUCCCAAUCUUGUCGUCACUUUCAAAAGAAGAGGUUCUUCCAAUUUUUCCGCGGUUGGUUGAUCUACCACCGGACAAGUUUCAAGUUGCACUGGCGCGUAUCUUGCAGGGCUCUGCGCACACAGGUCCUGCUUUGACACCUGCCGAAGUGCUCAUUGCUCUUCACGGUAUAGAUCAGCAACGUGAUGCAGUUCCUUUGAAGAAGGUCACGGAAGCUUGCUCGGCAUGCUUGCAACAGCGAAAUGUCUUCAAUCAGGACGUUUUAGCGAAAGUCUUGAAUCAGUUGGUGGAACAAACACCUCUUCCAAAGCUAUUUAUGCGAACUGUCAUUCAAGCUGUUGGAACGUUUCGGUCUUUGGUGGGUUUCGUCAUGGAUAUUCUACUCAGACUUGUCAACAAGCAGAUCUGGAAGACUCCUCAAUUAUGGGUUGGAUUCCUCAAGUGCGCGAGCGAAACCACACCGCAUUCCUUUCGUGUCUUGCUACAGCUUCCAACCGCGCAGCUCGAGAACGCUCUCGUGAAGCAUCCAACGUUGAAAACGCCGUUGGCCGCGCAUGCGAGCCAGCCGAGUGUCCGGUCCUCCGUUCCCAGGUCGUCGCUGGUAUUGCUUGGAGUGAUCCAGGACGACGUAACAGCGGUCGAGGCGGCUAGUGCGCCAUCAUCGUCAGGGAAUGCUCCACAACAGUGAAAGGGAGGACACGCUCGUUCACACGCACGCGGACUCCAAACCAGGCACUCAAUUUUGUUGAUAAAAUCUUUAAUGCGAAUAUACUACGUCCCCAUCCAGCCGUGCGUAUCCGACGGCGGUCA